AUGGCUCCAAAAGCAGAAAAGAAACCCGCUUCAAAGGCUCCAGCUGAGAAGAAGCCAGCUGCCAAAAAGACUGCUUCGACUGACUCCAAGAAGAGGACCAAGACAAGAAAGGAAACAUACUCUUCGUACAUAUACAAGGUCUUGAAGCAAACACACCCAGAUACUGGUAUUUCCCAGAAGGCUAUGUCUAUCAUGAACUCUUUCGUAAAUGACAUCUUUGAGAGAGUCGCUUCCGAAGCUUCGAAAUUGGCUGCCUACAACAAGAAGUCAACUAUUUCUGCUAGAGAGAUUCAAACUGCCGUGAGAUUGAUCUUGCCUGGUGAGUUGGCUAAGCACGCUGUUUCUGAAGCUACUAGAACUAUUACUAAAUACUCAUCUGCUGCCAAUUAG